GCCACUGGAUUGACUGGUUGUCUACUGGUUUUGUUGGCGGAGGCAGGAUUACCAAAGCCAGGAGGAUGUCCAUCGCCAAGGCGGCCACCCAGGCCAUGCUGUCGGACGCCCUGCUCCGAGACGAGCCGGGGGACAGCCGCAUUCGGAGCCUGGAGCUCGAGCUGCCCCUGGACCGCUUCAUCAAGUUUGUCUCCGUGGGGCUGCCCCUCCUGCUGGUGUCCGUGGCUUUUGCCAGGGAGAUCUCUAUCGGCCAACAGAUCAGCUGCUUCCCUCCAAGCAAUUUCUCGGCCAAACAGGCGAGUUACGUGGACACCUACUGCUGGGAUACUCUGAUGCACCACGAAUUCGACGCCAACGGAAACUUCGAAGAGCGUUCCCUCUGGGUGCACAAAAUGUUCCCGUACUCCCUGCUGGCCAUGGCCGUGCUCAUGUACCUGCCCGCCCUCAUCUGGCGAUUCCUGGUGGCCCCCUACCUCGGUGCCGACCUGCUGUUCGUCAUCGAAGAGCUGGACAAGUCCUACAACCGAUCAGUGCGGCUGGCCCAGAGCAUCCUGGACCUCCGGCACAGUGCCCCCAGCCAGACGGAGUUUCAGGCAGAGUUACAAAUAGCGAAGCGGAAACGCUACUUUGAGUACCCCCUGCUGGAGAGAUACAUGCAGUGCAAGCAGCGCUCCUACUUCCUGGUCAGCAUGCUCUUCCUGCGUGGCUUCUUGCUGCUCCUCUUCAUGUCGGCCUCCUGCCUCUACCUGGUCUACUUCCACUUGUCGGCGUUGCUCCAGGACGAGUUCAGCUGCUUGGUGCGAACGGGCCUCCUGCGUGAUCAGCCCUGGGUUCCCGAGCUGAUUCAGUGCAAGAUGAUGGGUCUGCUGGUCUUCCAAAUCAUCAGCAUUGCCAACGGCGCCGUCUACGUCCUUCUCGCUCCGAUUGUCAUCUUCAGCCUACUUCGCCUCUUCUGCUGGGACACCACUUUCCUGACCCUCUAUGAGGUGCUGCCCGCCCUGGGCCUCAUCAGCGACCGCAAACUGGGCUGCCCGCUCAACGACCUCAAUGUCAUCCUCCUCUUCCUGCGCGCCAACGUCACCCACUUACGCUCCUAUGGCCGCUUGAGGGCCGUGUGCUCUCUGGCGCCCCCACAAGUACAGAGGCCCAUGGGCAGGCACCAUGCCAUGAUGAGCGAGGAAGAGGCAGAGGAGGCCCUGGAAGCUCUGGAGGAGAUGGAAGAGGAAGCUCGGGAGGCCAGGGAGGAGAGAAAGCACAACCUGGUGGAUAUCAUGACCAUACUGGGAGGAGCUCGAGGAAACGUCAUGAACUGCAAGGAACAGAGACCUCUGGUAGAGGAACAUUUGAGUCUUGAGCCCUCUAACCACCAGGGGUACCAUGAAUUGAAGGAGACUCCGUCACAUAGUUAUACCUAAACCUUCCACCAGCGGACUGAACCAUCAGUUGGGAGGCAGGAGGGGGGGCUCACACUUAUAAGGUAGAAAUGCUUCACAGGGGUCAUGGCUAUAGAGGUGGGGUAUAUUACAGGGUAUGAAUAGCAUCCCCACCCCCCAAUUAAAGCCUUAUGAGAGUUCUCGCCGUUUGAUUUUAAGCCUGUGUGGGCACCCCAUUCCUGCUCGAUCCCCUCUCCCUCCCUUUGAAAGACUGACUCGUUUUGUUUGCCUGUGUAAUUAUGCUAAAUAAAGAUAUGUAAACCUCUUCCACUCACAGUGUUUAAACUAUAGGAGGGAAUCUUCCAGUCUGGAGGCCAUCGCCUUCGUCAUUUCAUAGUCAAAGACUGGACGGGAUUAACAGCUGAGCAGACAAAACACACAGUAGAGAAAUCCCUGUAAUUUAAAUAUCUUCCUUUUCUGCGAUUACUUUACGACUCCUUGAAACAUAGAGACCAGAGUGCAAAUCCAUGACUGCUGCUUUCGGAUACGUCUGUCUUCGAUUCGGUUCCCAUCUCACACCGCGUUAUGAUACAGAGCCAGCGGACUUUUGCAAAAAUAUACAAAGGGCACAGUUGGAGAAGAUUAACUCAUGUGAUUUAGGUCACCUCUCUUUGCACUGGUGUGGUGGUCCUGGCAUGAUUCACAUUCCAUCUCUCAAGAGGUGAUGGUUUGAGCUUAGUCGAAUAAUUUAUUUACAUGUCACAGGUCAAUACCCCUGUUACCAUGCUUAUGAUAAGUGACUGGAACAUUACAGACAAUGUUAUAUGGACAAUAUGUUACCUCAUUUCAGUACAGGUGACGUGCACCUCACACAUGCAAAUGGAAACGAUUUGAGUCUCCAAUCAACGAAGUUACGGUAGCUACCAAGGGAACAAGAAGGAUUCAUGGUACUCAUGACUCUCAACCUCUAAUACAAAACCUGCCUGAUUUGUGAUGUACUCAGUUGUAAAUGUGUUUUCAACAGCAAAAUGGGUAAAUUUGAUCCGUCACAUUUUCUUCCACACUUUUUCCCCCAAUGUACAUUACAGAUUUGAACCUCUACACUCUUGUAAUCAAGGUGAGAAGAAUGUAUAAAGGAUGACAAUCUUUAAUUAAAGCUGAUUUUCCAUUUG